GUUAUUGCGCGUCCUAUAUUUCGGCUAUUUAAGACUAAAUUACUUGCAGGGCUAUGGAAGAAAUAUGCAGAGUUUGCAUGGGAACGUCUGGAGCAUUCACAAACAUAUUCGACGAGCCACAAAAAUUGGGCACAUCCAUUGCUGACAUGAUAGCUCAGUGUACCGGGUACGAGGUUAGCCGAGGAGAUUUACUAUCAGAAAAUAUAUGCCCGCCCUGCCUUGAGGAUGCAGUGAGUGCAUUCAACCUGAAGACCACCUGCAAGCAGAGCCUUAAAUUAACGGAGCAGUUUAAAGAAGAAGAAAUCUGUGAUAGUGUCGAAGACGAUGACUGGGAACCAUCAGAUUGCGGGAGCGAGCAGUCAAACAAUAUUGAAGCCGAUGCAAAGGCUCAAGUUGAGAAGCAUGUCGAUCUUCUCUUCAAAUGUACACUUUGUCCAAAGAGCUAUCCGCAUAGGUCGAAUCUAAACAGACACAUGAAAUUGCAUACGGGUGAACGCCCCUAUCAAUGCUCACACUGCUUCAAGUCCUUCUCAUAUAGGUGCGAUCUUGAAUCACACAACCGUACUCACACAGGUGACCGGCCAUACCACUGCUCUUACUGCUCAAAGUCAUUUCAACAAAAGGGCCAACUCAGCGAUCACCUCCGUACUCACACGGGGGAGAAACCAUUUAAAUGUUCCCAUUGCUCGAAGUGUUUUACUUGCUCUGGAUCACUCCGUAUUCACAUACGAACGCACACAGGUGAACGACCCUACCAAUGCUCCCACUGCCCGAUGUCUUUUGUCCAAAAAUACCAUCUUGAUAGACACUUUCAUUUGCACACGGAUGACCGACCCUACCAAUGCUCUCAAUGCUCGAAGACUUUUAUAACCAAAUCGAAUCAUGAUAUGCACACCCGUAUGCACACGGUUGAACGACUCCAUGAAUGCUCAGACUGCUCGCAGUCAUUUCGCACAAAAUCCAAUCUGAGUGAACACAUCCGUAAACACACGGAGGAACGACCCUUUACAUGUACCCACUGCUCGAAGACAUUUAAACAUAACCAAUCUCUUAAGAAACACAUUCGCAGUCACACACAGAAUGAUAGUUCCCAAUAAAACAACCUUCAUUCACUUC